CCACCGGACGGUUAUGUGUGGACAGUGCAGGAAAACGUGGCACACACAGUGACACACAAACCAUGCAGGCAGCUGAACCCGGACCAGCAGCAGAAACAGAAAUGUAACAGACGGAUUAGAAAAUUAUGUGCCUCGGCUCUUCGUCAACAUGUUCCCGGGAGUUUUCUAUGCAUUGCUGGCGGGUUUCCUAGGGGCCGUGGCGUCGUCGUCGGCCAAACUGUCCCUCGGAGCCGACUACCUGAAGGGAGUCUGUGAAACCGGACUCCGAACGUGGGGAGAGCAGCGGAAAUUCAGACAAGCGGACGAAACUACCGCCUGCGACCGGCUCCACAUCCCAUUGAGGCUGCUGUGUGGCGGUCUGCUUUUCACCUGCAAUGCUGUGAUGUGGACCUUCCUUGCCAAAGCACUCAGGUACUCCUCUUCCUCCACCCAAACCACUGUGACCACCACCGCCUCCAACUUCAUAUCUUCCGCUUUUCUGGGCCAGCUGAUCUUUGGUGAAGCCCAGAUAACGUUGUGGUGGGUUGGGAUCUCCCUGACCUUCUCAGGUCUGUUGGUGCUGCAGAGGGUUUCACCGCAGGAUGGACAACUGGACGCAGAUGCCAAGGACGAAUAAAAUGUCUUGUCUCCACUAGAGUUCAGCCUGGUUUCAGCAUCUCCUCAGAUUUAAAAAUCUAGCCAAAGGAAACUGAAUAGUGAAGAAUUUGUUGUUAGUCCUCCCUCAAUUACAAAUUUGUAUCAAACAAAUUGUUUCGUAUUAAAGUAAAUGCUUCUCAAAAUGCAUCUUUCCUC